GACAAUGCACCUCAACAUCCCGCCAUAAAACCAAAGAAGAAGAUGUCUGUUUUGCGUAAACAGGACUUUUAUUUUGGCUUUGCGAUGUGACGUCAUAAGCCUGCACCGCGCUCCUGCAUUUUUGUUUCUGCUGAACAAAGAUAAACUCCUGUGAAGCGACUGAGAUCCUCGAGACGCUGCUAUAAAGAUGGCAUUUAUUAAAGAGGAGCGUGAAGACAUGAGGAUGGAAGAAGCUUUCAGAGGCCUACAUGAAGAUACUGAGACACAAACGAAGAUGGCGUUUAUUAAAGAGGAGAGUGAAGACACGAGGAUUGAAGAAACUUACAAACAUAAAGAUACUGAGGAUCAAACAGACCUGAUGUCACUGAAAGAGGAGAGUCAACACUUUAAUGAAAUGGAAGAGAAAAAUCUGUAUCAGAAAUGUCAUGAGUUUAUGGACAGGGAAAAAUCUUUUACUUACUCACCGACUCAAAAAACAGAAACUAGAUUCCUUGAAUUCGAGAUGAGAGUUCACACUGGAGAGAAGCCUUAUGCCUGCCAGCAUUGUGGAAAGAGUUUCAUUCGAAAAGACAGCCUUAAAGCCCACAUGAAAAUUCACAGUGGAAAGAAGCCUUUCACUUGCAAACUGUGUGGGAAGAGUUUCUCACUAAAAGGAAAUCUUAACAUUCACAUGAGAAUUCACACUGGAGAGAAGCCAUUCGUAUGCUUACAGUGUGGGAAAAGUUUUAAACAGAAAAAGUACCUUAGUGCCCAUGUGACAGUACACACUGUAGAAAAGCCUUACACCUGCAAACUGUGUGGGAAGAGCUACAAAAGGAAUGAAAAUCUUAAAAUUCACAUGAGAAUUCACACUGGAGAGAAGCCCUACACCUGCAAAGUGUGUGGGAAGAGCUUUACACAAAAAGAAAAUCUUAUAAUUCACACAGGAAAUCACACUGGAGAGAAGCUGUUCAAAUGCUCUCAGUGUGGAAAGUGUUUUAAACAGAAAAAGUAUCUCAAUGGCCACAUGAGAGUUCACACAGGAGAGAAGCCGUUUGUUUGUGAUCAGUGUGGAAAGAGUUUCAGGUGUAAAGGACACCUUGAUCUUCACAUGAAGAGUCACUCUGGAGAGAACUGUUUUAUAUGUCACCAGUGUGGAAAGAAUUUCUCACACAAAGGAAACUUUGAGAAUCACAUGAGAGUUCACACUGGAGAGAAGCCUUUCACCUGCCGAGAGUGUGGAAAGAGCUUCACAAAUAAAGGAAACCUUAAGAUUCACAUGAGAAUUCACUCUGGAGAGAAACCUUACAAGUGUGUUCAGUGUGACAUCAGUUUCACAUAUCACACAAAUUUGAAACGGCAUGUGCAAAGUCAUGCUAGAGAAGAAAUAACAAACCUCAUGUCACACUGAGUAAAAUGGCAAUUACGACAAUCAUCUGCACAUUCACUCUGAAGAAAGACAAUUCAGUUGUGAUCAGUCUAAUUUAAACAUUACAUUAACACAUUCUUAUUAAAAAAUACUGUAAAUGUGGGAUCCUGAUUGUGUUCUUUGUUAAUCCUAUUCAGACAGGAUUAGUUUUAUAUAGAGAGGUGGGAUAAAGUAAGUGUGACCCAUCUGAAUGUGCCAUCUCAGUAAUUAUGAAAAAUGUCAUUCUCAAAAAAGAUCCAGAAUAACCUCAGUAAUGCUAAACCCAUGUGAAUAGACCAGCUGUAAAUAUGUACAUAAAUAUUCAAUACUCUUUAAAAGUAGCUUUCUGUGGUUUUUACAUGUAUGGAGGCACUUGAAGAAGCAUUCAAUUGCAUUCCAGGCAGUGGGACAAGUCUGUGGCAAACCUCAAGUGUUUUCAGCACACCAUUCAGAUCAAAAAGAAGGUCAAAAACACAAAACUUCUUAUAGCUUUAGGUAACCGCCUAAUCCUAUCUGAAUAGGGUUUACAGAGUUUCUUUAUGUACUCAAUCUAGUCCAUAUAUAUUUUGAUGAUCGGUCCAGAUUUAGCCUUUGACAAAACAUUCCAUCUUUUUAUUCAGAAUUUUGUUGUUUUAUGAAACUUACCCACAUUCAAGUGUUGUUUAAAAAAAGAAUGUGUAA